CGUGCGCCCAAUUGAGGUUCCAACUGGGUCAUAGUUCUUUAAAUUCUGGUCUGCGUCGACAAGACUCAGGUGGUAGGAAUUUAUUUUCCCUUCAUUUCAGAAGUCACCCAUCUGAAUCAUGGCUCGACUCUUCGUCUACGGAACUCUAAAGAGGGGGCAGCCGAACCACUGCUGCAUGUUGGACAAGAGCAUUGGAGCUGCGCAGGUGCUUGCCACUGCUGUCACCACUGAGAAGUUCCCCCUAGUGAUCGCUGGCGAGUACAACAUCCCUUUCCUCCUCAACCUACCAGGCCAGGGUCAGAGGGUUCACGGCGAGCUCUACAGAGUGGACGAGCGCUUGCUGAAUUUCCUGGAUGUCCUCGAAGACAUCCCCGCCACGUAUCAGCGAACUCUGGUAAUGCUUACGGUGGAGGAGUGGCUGGGGCAGGCCGACCACGAGGAGAGAUCCGCGGUGGGCGGCGUCACUGAGGCCUUUGUGUACAGCACAACCACGUACCAGCCGGACUGGCCCUCGCUGCCUCAUUACGAGAGUUACGACUCCCGCGGUCAUCACGGCCUCGAGUACAUACGGAAAUGAUACGGAAGCCUUUUGUCCCGUUGUGCUGCGAGCUGGUGUUCUAUUGCAGUGUUCCCCAAUCUUAGUUGAUUGAUCCAAGGUGCAUAUUUUGCAUUAGGAAAACCCCUCCCCCAAAACAUCCAUCCAUUUUCCGAGCCACUUCUCCUUACUAGGGUCGCGGGCGUGCUGCAGCCUAUCCCAGCUAUCAUCGGGCAGUAGGCGGGGAAAACCCUGAACUGGUUGCCAACCUAUCGCAGGGCACAUACAAAUAAACAACCAUUCACACUCAGAUUCACACCUACGGGCAAUUUAGAGUCAUCAAUUAACCUACCAUGCAUGUUUUUGGGAUGUGGGAGGAAACCCGAGUGCCCGGAGAAAACCCACGCAGGCACGGGGAGAACAUGCAAACUCCACACAGGCUGGGCCGGGGAUAGAACCCCGGUCCUCAGAACUGUGAGGCUCUAACCAGUCGGCCAAUGUGCCGCCUCCUCCAAAAUAAAUAAUAACAAAAAUAAAAAAUAUGAUUUUGUUUUAUUUACUCACAAAUUUAAUCGUUGUGAAAUUUGGGCCUGUUUAGUUGAGCACAAAGACGAUAUCCUUGCAGAAAUCUUCCAUAAUUCUUGGAGCAAUUAAGUGAAUGUGGAUCAUUUUCCGCCACAGUGUUUCCCAAUGUUUUAUUGAGCAAAGACACAUCAUCUUCUCCUUUCGGCUUGUCCAGUUAGAGGUCGCCACAGCGUGUCAUCCUUUUACAUCUGCCAAUCUCCUGCAUCUUCCGCUCAUAUUUAAAUAAUAAAAAAAUCUCUCAGCGCAACAUAAAACUUAAAAAUAAAGUCUAUACAGUGUUCCAUUGCUAUAUCGCCGUUCACCUAUUGCGGAUUCAGUGCAUUGGAGAUUUCUUUUUGAAUUCAUAUCUUGCAUAAUUGGCCAUAUCACAGGAUUUUGAAAGUAUGCUGAAUUUUUUUUGUUUAGAAAUAUGCUUUGUAGCCUUAAACAACAAAAAAAAUUGUCAAAACAUAUUACAAGGAAUAAAACGUACAACCCCAAUUCCAAUGCAGUUGGGACGUUGUGUUAAACAAAUAAAAACAGAAUACAAUGAUUUGAAAAUCAUGUUCAACCUAUAUUUAAUUGAAUACACUAUAAAGACAAUAUAUUUAAUGUUCCAACUGAUAAACUUUAUUGUUUUUAACAAAUAAUCAUUAACAUAUGGCUGCAACACCUUCCAAAAAAGCUGGGACAGGGUCAUGUUUACCACUGUGUUACAUCACCUUUUCUUUUAACAACAUUCAAUAAAUGUUUGGGAACUGAGGACACUAAUUGUUGAAGCUUUGUCAGUGGAAUUCUUUCCCAUUCUUGUUUGAUGUACAGCUUCAGCUGUUCAACAGUCCGGGGUCUCCGUUGUCGUAUUUUACGCUUCAUAAUGCGUCACACAUUUUCAAUGGGAGAAAGGUCUGGACUGCAGGCAGGCCAGUUUAGUACCAGCACUCUUUUACUACGAAGCCACGCUGUUGUAACACGUGCAGAAUGUGGUUUGGCAUUGUCUUGCUGAAAUAAGCAGGGGCGUCCAUGAAAAAGAUGUUGCUUGGAUGGCAGCAUAUGUUUCUCCAAAACCUGUAUGUACCUUUCAGCAUUAAUGGUGCCUUCACAGAUGUGUAAGUUACCGAUGCCAUUGGCACUAACACAGCCCCAUACCAUCACAUAUGCUCGCUUUUGUACUUUGCACCCAUAACAGUCCGGAGGGUUCUUUUCCUCUUUGGCCCAGAGGACACGACGUCCACAAUUUCCAAAAACAAUUUGAAAUGUGGACUCGUCGGACCACAGAACACUUUUGUACUUUAUAUCAGUCCAUCUUAGAUGAGCUCAGGCCCAAAGAAACCGGCGGCGUUUUUGGGUGUUGUUGAUAAAUGGCUUUUGCUUUGCAUCGUAGAGUUUCAAGUUGCACUCACGGAUGUAGCGCCAAACUGUAUUUACUGACACUGUUUUUUCUGAAUUGUUCCUGAGCCCAUGUGGUGAUAUCCUUUACACAUUGAUGUCGGUUUUUGAUGCAGUGCUGCCUGGGAAUUGAAGGUCACGGGCAUUCAAUGUUGGUUUUCGGCCUUGCCGCUUACAUGCAGUGAUUUCUCCAGAUUCUCUGAACCUUUUGAUGUUAUGAUGGACCGUAGAUGAUGAAAUCCAUAAAUUCCUUGCAAUUCUACGUUGAGGAACAUUGUCUAAACUGUUCGACUAUUUUCUCCCGCACUUGUUCACAAAGAGGUGAACCUCGCCCCAUCAUUGCUUGUGAAUGACUGAGCAAUUCAGGGAAGCGCCUUUUCUACCCAAUCAUGGCACCCACCUGUUCCCAAUUCGCCUGUUCACCUGUGGGAUGUUCCAAACAGAUGUUUGAUGAGAAUUCCUCAACUUUCGCAGUCUUUUUUGCCACCUGUCCCAGCUUUUUUGGAACGUGUUGCAGCCAUAAAAUUCUAAGUUAAUGAUUAUCUGCUAAAAACAAUAAAGUUGAUCAGUUUGAACAUUAAAUAUCUUGUCUUUGUAGUGUAUUCAAUUAAAUAUAGGUUGAACAUGAUUUGCAAAUCAUUGUAUUCUGUUUUUAUUUAUGUUUAACACAACGUCCCAACUUUAUUGGAGUUGGGGUUGUACAUGGUGUAAAGGACGACUGUGCAUUACUUUAUGUUCAAGUGUUUAGAAGGUGUUUAAGAGUAUAGAGAGUGUUUUAUAAGCGUAUGGUAGACGUUAAUAGGAGUGUGGGAAAGAUUAAUAAGAGUUGGGUGGCUUCAUACAGCUUUAAAAUAUAAUCCCCAAAACACAUUUCAGCAGGUCAAUUGAUUCAAAAGUAGACACGAUGGCAAAUAUAAACAUAGUGAACAUGAUCGUUGAGGAAGCGGCUAAGUAAUUGACUUUUCGGUUGCUCGGAGAGAGAGCUGGUGUUAGCUAGGCAAGCCAUUAUGUUUUCUAAAUUAUUCAAAGCGAGGAAAUUAUGGGUAUGUAAUAAUAUACACAAAUUUAUAUGGUUUUAGUCAUAAAUGGGCCUCUGAGGGUAACCAUAAUUGCAUUGUGGCCCACGUGGAAAACAACUGACACUCAUGCAUUAGUGCAACUGAAUAUUACUGUACCCUUAUGCUACCCCACUGGCUUAACAGAAUUGAUAUUGUAGUAUGCUCUAAAUGCUUAUUUUCUGUACUGUGUGGUUCUAAACACAAAACACUUGUGUCAUGUCUCUUGAAUACAAACAGAUUGUUGCCAUCUUUAUUAAGAAUAGAAAAAUGUCGGGUUUGUCGAAGAAAAAUCCUUUGGAAGUUUAUCCAUAAAAAUGAGAGACAAAAAUGUGGAAAAGAAAUAAAGAUUCAAGCAAAGCAGAUCAUUUCACAGUGUUUCGAAGUACUGUACAAAGGGUUGCUGCAAAACUAGGGAGGAAGACGUGUUGCAUUUGAAAAUGGCACUGCAUUAUUGUAUAUUAGAUUGUCAUACAAAAUGAAA